AUGAGCAAGGUCUGCGAAAUUUGUGCCAAAGAUUCUUUUACCGAUGUGUUGUGGACUUGUGUCGGAUGCACCCGGAAGUUUCAUGCAACUUGCGUUGGAAUACCGGUGACCCGUACCUCUGCCCGCAUUAAAAAAGUCGGCCAACUUACGGUAGAUCCAACUUCAUUCCUGCUUCCGUGCUGCGAGGAAUGCCAAUCGUUAGUCUCUACGACAUUUGAAGUGAAAACGCUAGCGGAGCAACAAAAGCUGAUUUUAGAGCAGCAAAAAGAAUUGGUCGAUGCCAACCAACGAAUUGCUGCCGAUGUAAGCAAACUUAGUGUAAUGGGUGCGCUGUUUUCCGAUAUGGAACAGCAAAUUGAAGAAACUGUGUCAGUGGUCAACCUCAACACAACAACAAAAGUUGAAAAUGCUGAGUCAACAUUAUCGCGAGACAUCGUAGCCGCUAACAAUAUGAAAUCAAAUGAUCUAGUAGAUUUAAAAAACCAUUUGACGACCCUCUUUAACAUUUCUUCUGAGGCAACGAGGGAUCGUAUCGAUAAGUAUGUAACCGAUCUUACAGACGACUUAGAAAGGGAGUUGAAGCGCAUUGCUAAAGAAGUGCACGACUUAAGCUCUGCCGCAGUGAAUAUGGCAGCACACUGCACUGAACACAGCUCGGCUCUAUCACACACCGCAGAUGAAGCGUUUAAUCUGCUAAAGGAAAAUGUUUUAUCUGAAGUGAAAUCUCUCGGUAAUGCGAUAUCGAACCUAGAGCACGAAUUGAAAAGCGCUGUCAACCAGAACAUUAAAGCUCCACCUGAAACACUUCUAAGUUUGCAUGCUGAAUUUCAUGCAGAAAAUGCUGACAAAUCAGGAUGGCGCCUCAUAGGCAGUAAAAGAAUUUGGAAACCGGAUUGGACCGACUAUGACGAACGAAAAAAGCGCCGGAUGCAGCAGCAAAAGAACGUAGAAGCUGCCAGGAAACGAAGAAACCGACGGAAACAGGCUUACCUUAACAAUACCAAUAACGAUACUCACAACAAUAACAACAACGGCAACAACAACCGAGCAUCUAGGAGCAGCGAUUUGCCGAACAGAAAUCACGUCUAUAGCAACAAUAACAACAACAACUAUCAUAGAGGACAGAGCAACAACUUCAACACCAAUAGUAAUCGUAGAUAUACCAACCCCAACCGUCACGUCAACAACAGUUUGGUCAACAGACAACAGAAUAACGUCACCAACUCUCACAAUGAUUGA